AUGGCUACUAAACCUCCGACAAAGCAUCACACCUUCAUAAUCGAGCACCUGGACCCCGAGCUCGAAGCAUGGCAGGCGCUGGAGUACAAAUGCAUUUACCGAGAAUGCCACGCCACCAACUGCAAGUUUAUCUUAUCUGGCCUCGCUGAUGCCGACGCCGUCCGGCAGCACCUUGACUUACCGUCAGAAUCUUUGCAACAACAGAGUGUAGAGAGCAUCUACGCCACGAGUGAAGCUCGAGCGAAGGUCUGUCUGCUCGACCCAAAGGCGGAGAAAGACAUCAGUCCCGAGGAUGGUGACCUUUUCGACGCUUUUCUGUUCGGUGGCAUUCUUGGCGAUGAUCCACCCAGAGGUACAGCGAUUCUCGUAGUGACUUAUGAAGAUCGCACCAGCGAGCUCCGAAGCAAAGGCUUUCCAGGCCGUCGGUUAGGGCCCGAACAGAUGACUACGGAUACCGCUGCGAGAGUCACGAGGAUUGUUGUGCAAGAACGGAAGCGGUUGGAGGAGAUUUCAUUCAUCGAUCGACCCGACAUCGAACUGCCUGCCGCCACCAACGCUGAUGGAAGCAAAGUGCCGAGUGAGAGCGUGAGCAUGCCCUUCAAGUACGUCAAGGGUGCAGAUGGGAAGCCGAUCAUGCCCGAGGGGAUGCUGCAAUUGCUUGUAGACGACAUGGAUAAGGGCAUUGAAGACUUGCUGUGA